GGUUUUUGGUUUAAAAUAAGAAAGGUAAUGGCCCGGGCCUAGAACAGGCCUACAGAUCCGUGUAUUAUUACAACGUCUAUCGGUUACAGUGGAGCUUGCCUCGUUGGAUACAAAGAAAUAACGAUAAACCGCAUUAAGAAGGAACGAAAUAUCAUCGCGGUUUAUCAGAUUAAAAUGUGUAGUUAACGCGACAAUACGCCUACCUUUCUUUUAUAUAAAAACAGAUUCAGGCCGCUAACAAAUAUAGUAAAAAAAAAUACGUGUUGUGCUCCAGCGGCAUACGUGCUAUUUCGCUAGCGGCUGGAAAACAGGUACCAUGUACCGGUAAUGAUAGUGAGUUCAAUUAUCUUCUUGUGUGAGGCUAGCUGGCGUGAUUAAUUUCAGUCAUUCUGUAUUAGGGUUCGCUUUUCGUUUAUUUUGGGUUGCGAUUGUGUUCCCCCGGCCUGUCCCUGCAAUUCAGACGGUAAUGAGAGCGGCUCACAGCCUGCAGCACCCAGAAGUGAACGGCAGUCGACCCGGAAGGUCUGAAUUCAGACUGAAGACGGGCAGAAAGAACAUCUCAACCUUUUUAAUAUAUAUUUUCAAAGGAUAAUAUCUGCAAUCGGAGAAAGCAGCAUGGCAGAGUCUCGGUUUAAUAACCCCUACUUCUGGCCUCCACCUCCCAGCAUGCCCAGCCAGCUGGAUAACCUGGUGCUGAUCAACAAAAUCAAAGAGCAGCUGAUGGCUGAGAAGAUCCGGCCUCCGCACCUGCCCGCCACCUCUGUUCCUUCCCAGCAGCCAUUGCUGGUGCCCCCGUCCCCCUCGGAAGGUGGGCAGCACAUGAUGUCCAUCCCCAAGCUGCAGCAGGUCCACGGUCUCCACUCUCAUGGGCCCUCGCAGCCGGACAUCGCCCUGCACGCCCGGCCGGCCUCCAGUACUGUCUCAGGCCUUUUUCUUGGUGAUGUAAACUUUAAUCUGGAUGAUAAGACAUCUGUAAAAGCUAAAGGAUUGUGGGAGGACUGGCAUUUGCGUCAAAUCAUAGACCAACCUACUAGAAUGAACCAUCUAUCAGGGCUGACCCUCUCCUCCCGCUGCGGCGGCCUGAACACCUCGGAGGCCAUCACCCCGACCACGCCCACCUCCAGUAGCCAGAGCCGGCUGGGCGGGGCCUCCUCACCCAAUCUCAUCUCCGGAUUGGCCAGCGGCCCGGGGCUGGAGCCAAUCAAGAGCGGUGGCCUGUCGGGGCUGCUGGGAGCCCCUCCCAAGCCAGAGCGCGGCCGCAAGAAGAUCAAAGCGGAGAACUCGUCCGGCCCCCUGCUUGUGGUGCCCUACCCCAUCCUGGCCUCGGGAAACGACCAGUCCUCUGUCACCAUCGCCGCCAAAGAGGGGAAAACGUACAGGUGUAAAGUGUGCCCGCUGACCUUCUUCACCAAGUCGGAUAUGCAGAUGCACUCCAAGUCGCACACAGAGGCCAAACCCCACAAGUGCCCGCACUGCUCCAAGUCCUUUGCCAACGCCUCCUACCUGGCACAGCACCUGCGCAUUCACCUGGGCGUCAAGCCCUACCACUGCUCUUACUGCGAGAAGUCCUUCCGCCAGCUCUCUCACCUGCAGCAGCACACAAGGAUUCACACUGGAGACCGGCCAUAUAAAUGCGCUCAUCCCAGCUGUGAAAAAGCUUUCACUCAGCUUUCCAACCUGCAGUCUCAUCAGAGACAACACAACAAAGACAAGCCGUACAAGUGUCCCAACUGCUACCGAGCUUACUCGGACUCUGCCUCGCUGCAGAUCCACCUGUCUGCACACGCCAUCAAGAAUGCCAAGGCUUACUGCUGCAGCAUGUGCGGCCGCGCCUACACCUCCGAGACCUACCUAAUGAAGCACAUGUCUAAACACACAGUGGUGGAGCACCUGGUCAACCAUCACUCCCCCCCGAGGACGGAGUCGCCCAGCAUUCCCAUCCGCAUCUCCCUCAUUUAGAAGCGACAGGAACCUUGGCCAUGAGCCCAGGUCCUCGGUCAAGUGCUCGCUUCAUUAGGAGAACCAAUCACCAGUUGCUGUUUUCAAGUUUGGGGUCCUGAAAGAUGUGCCAGACUGUAUUUGUAUUUUAACAAAAAAUGAAAAAAAUAUACCUUUUAAAAAUUAUUUGGGGGACAUCCAAAGACAUUUUUUAGAGCACUUUCAGGCCUUAUAAUAAUGGCCAAAAAUAAAUAGGUUUGGUUUCUGUUAAAACAGAAAAAAAUGCUACAGGCAGCUAAAGGGUUUUGCCCAUAGGACCUCUAAGUGUGUGCGGCUUUCUGUCUGUCUCUGUGUUCUGGUUCUGAGUGGUGUGCUCAUUGGGGGCUUCUUUGGGUUUCACGCAGGGCCCAUUUCUCUCUCCCUAGUCGGAGAGCACUGGGAAAGACAGUCUGAGGCUCGUCCAAAAUGGAGGCCAAUCUGCCCACAAGUACUCCUUCUCAGAGUAGGUCUAGUCAACCCCUGACUGUGAAUGUGCCCAAGCAAGACCCAGUGCCCCCACACUAACCACUAGGACAGCACUGCCCCUGUGUCCCCAAAGCUGCUGUAUUCACUGUCUGGCUUUGUUCGGACUCAUUUGGGGGCUAUACCUUCUUUAACCUGUGCAUUUGAAAUAGCUUGGCCUAUUUUCCCAUGUGACAGUCUCCUUUCAUGGCUAGAAGGAUUAGGAAGAGACCCGAGAGUGACGGGCGGAUUUUUUUUUUUCUGGCAAGGUGUUUUCAUAUCAGAAUCAGAAAAGAUUUCCAGUGGGAAAGGUUAAGAAGCCUCUGUGUUCCUUGCAUUUCUAUUUUAGAGGAGAGCACUCGUAUACAGUACGUCUAUCAUCGGUACUUUUUAAAGCAGCCUGUUCACAUCUUUUUUUAUAUUCUAAAGUGUAUAAAUUGCAUCAGAAAAAUGUGGAUCUGUUAAAUCGAAAUUGAAGCAUUAAACAAUUUACACGGCAGUGAUUUUUUUUUUUUUUUUUUCUUUUUUUAAAAGGCAUGCUUGCAGGAGUCACGGUUGUUGUUUUUGGUUAACCCGGAUGAUUCCCUAUUAGUUUAGUGUCCCAUUUCCAUGAUCUGAGAAUUCCAAAAGGCGUCUGUUCUUCUUAGCAGUGUUUUUGCUUGUUAAAACUAGGGCUGGAAUUAUCAAAAGCAUCUAAAUAUCGUCUUCUUUAAACUUGAAAUCCUGCAAUGCUUUACCCAUUGUUGUUAUUAUCAGUACAACAUGGUGCAAUACACAGCACAGUGGAGCAUGGGUACAAGUUAAAGGGUGGCAGUGCUUCAGUCCGUGGCUCUUAGAAAAGCAGAAGCUUGCACUCUGGUGUUUUCUCAGGGGCUGUAGUGUUUCUUUAUACAGUAUCUCCACUGUUUCUCAGAGCACAUGCUUGUACCCAGAUUUUUAAAGCCAUCAGACACAGAAGCUGCCCCAACAUGUCUGAUCACACACACACACACACACAUAGAAUCUGACUCUACCUGUCUGAUCACACAAACACAGAAGCUGCCUCUACAUAUCUGCUCCUCAUUGGAGCAUGAAGCCCAUAGAUUCCACAGACAGUGAGGCACUGAAACACCCCUGAACCCCCUCAGUUAUACAGUUAUGAAACAAAGUGAAUUGUUAUUUAUGUAAUUGUUCAAGAAAAGAGAAGAGGUUGCACAAACGGGCUGUGUGUUUUUUUUUUUUUAAUGGAUGUCUUGUAAAUAAUAUCUCAGUAAUCAUGCCAUCUGGAGUAGAACAAGAGUACUUGUCUGAGUGCUGUUUACAUCCAGCUGUCGGCUGGCUUCGUCUUCACCUGAAUAUUUAUUCAGCUGCCUCCAAGACUUAAGAUUCGGUCCUGUUUGAAAAUACAGAGCAUGUUCUUUUAAAGAGGUUUGGGGAGUUGAGAAGCACAGAUACUUCUCUUUAUGAAGAUAUUGUCAGCUUGACGGAUCUGUUUUCAGUUGUCUCUGUUACAAGAGAUUCGUUAACAAGAUUUGACUGCUUAAAUCAAUUAAAAUUGGUAACCAUAGAAAAAAAAAAUGAUCAAGGAGUCCAUUUAGGAUUUUAUAUAAAAUGUAUAUAUUUGAAUCGGUUUUCUUUUAAAAAAUAAAUAAAAAUAACCUGUGCAUUUUAUAGCUAAUCUAUAUAUUAAGUAGUGCGUUUGUCUUGAAUUUUAUAACUUUGGGAAAGGCUGCUUCUUUUGGUCUAAAUUUAAAAUUACAAGUACAAUUCUUUGUGCAUUCAAUUUUACAACUGCCUUUCCUUUUAGUAGGGGUGAUUUUAAGUAACUUUUCCACGUAGAUUAUAUUUACUCGGGCGUUCAAAGGAGCAUUUAUGUAGAAAGGCAGGUGUGCUGUCAACCGGUCUGGCCUACAUCUUCCCCUACAGGCAAAUCGGAUGCAAGUUGCCAAGUUGACAGGUUUGAACUGUCUACCUGACAAACAGGUGUACUUUUCUGUUCAAAUAGUGUCCCUUUGAAUUUGAAAAAGUUAAACUAAGUUUAUGACCCCUGUAGAGAAGUUCUUUAUGCAGCAAAGACCAGGAAUAAAGUAUUGCAGGGUUUUUAAAAAGCUGGGUCAAUUACACUUGUCCAAAGAAAAAUUACAUUUCCCAUAAUCCCCCCGUAAUCCCUUGCUGGCUAUCCCAAGGUGGAGGGGUAGGUGUUUUCAGUACCAGCUCUUCUGUGUCUGUGAGAUCUUAUUCAUAUAGUGGGAUCCUGUACAGACUUUGUUUAUUAAUAUAUACACACAUAUAUUCUGGUUUGAAUUCAGAAACACUGCUUCUUCAAAAAAUGGUAUUUAAGCGGUUUUAAAAUGGACUUGGCUAGUUGGCAUGCACUUGCUACUGAACUCCUGUUUUCUUAGUGUGCAUUCCUGCUGGGACCAAAACAAAGCUAUGUAAAUGUUUAAAAAAAGCACUUUCUUUGUUCUAUUUGUUUAUUUUGUAUUAGUGCCAAAUAAGUCAAAUGUGCAAAGGGGCCAGAGAGUGUGGGUGUGGGAGACAUCCUGUCGGGGUCAGUAGCCAGACUUCUCAAAACAUGUUGUCACACACGUCAAGAGGCCUCCAUAGAUAAAGACAUAGCGGCAGGCCCUCUCCAGAUGAUUCCAGACCCUGUUUAAACACAGGUGGGGCUCUUUCAGUUGGUUGCUCAUGAUCACACACUGCUGUUGUACAGCAUACCUGAGGCCAUGGCCCUCCUGUCUGAAGCACGGUCAUUCCUGACUGAGGCUGCUUGUAAAGGGCAUUUCUUCAGGCAUUGCAGGCAUCUUUUCUAAAGCCUACUGUGAUUCAGGACAUUGCAUUUGUUCCAGUCAAUGAAUUACUGUUGCUUCUAUGCAUAAUCUGUAUAGCUGAAACUUAAUUUUUAAAACGGAAAGGUGUUGAGCAGGUAUUGUUUGUGGUUCUGUUGCCAUAGGAAUCCUGGACUCGUGCCUGCCUGGGGAUUGGCCAGUGGAAGGUUUUAUUAGACCUGAGCAUGUACAUUUUUCAGUUUUGCCUGAGCUAAAGUUUAGUCUUGGCAGUCCCUAAGCAAGCCCAGGUAAUCCCAAUGGAAUGGAGGUGUUUAUCACAUUUAAUAAAUGUCCAGUGGCAGUAUUUGGUGACCGUAUUGUACAGCACAUGGAGAUUGUGUACUUAUGGUGACGAAUACUGGUUGAUAUAACCAAGCUGUUUUUGCAAACUUACAGAACAAAGAAAUUAUGUGACGUGAAAAUACGUUCGACUUUGACCCAGAAAGUUUUUCAAUGUAACUGUCGCUGACCUGUUUGCUCAGAAGAUAUUUCUUUCUGUCAGUUAAGAGCAGUUGCCAUUUAAACACAGAGUGCUCUGUGCCAUUGUGAUACAUGCUCUGUGUUUUGGUUACACCCAGCUUUAUGGCCUGAUAACUUGUAUCUGUACAGCCAGUAUUUUGUAUUAUUUCUGAUCAGCCCUUUGUACUGUUACAGAAAAGUGUUCUUGUGAGUUCUGGGCAUGACAUGAUUUUGUCCUCUGUACUGUCAGCUGGUUUACACCUGUGUCGUUCAUUCUUUCUUCUGCAGUUUCCAGUGUCUCCACUUUAAACAAAACUUGUCAUUUCUGUUAGAUUCAGUAAAAGCCUCUACUAAACAAACCUGUCAUUACAUCAAACAGUGUGCAAGUGAGUAAGUAAGCUGUGCCCCAUUUGUUUUGUGGUUUAUAUCGUUUUCAGUUCUGUUGCUCCAGUAUUGACUCAGCUCAGUAAAGUUUGCUAUGGUGGUGGGUUGAUGGGGUGGGGUGGGGUGGGGGGGUUGAUGAAUAAAACUCAAUUUUGCAGCAGCAGGACUAAAUCAAAUAAUUGGAUCCAUUUACUCUUGGUAGGACUUGUGUUCAGGAGAUACAAAGUAGAAUGUAACCUUGGUACCUCUUUACUGGAGAAUGGCCCCUAUAUAGUUGCAUAAUGUCUCUGCUGUGUAGAUAGCUCACUGGUGUAGGAAUGGACCCAUCCUUAUCCCUCGCCCCCCAUUCCCAUCCAAUGGUCCUGCUGUACCAUCCUUAUCCCUCAACCCCAUUCCCAUCCAGUGGUCCUGCUGUACCAUCCUUGCCCCUCACCGCCCAUUCCCAUCCAGCUGGUCCUGCUGUAGUUUGUAGAAGGAUGCCAGUUCCGCUCUCGCCCCAGGACUCUGAUUGCUUGUCAGUCUGUAAGUGGUAGACCCUCCAAUGGAAUCAGUGAAAAUAACUUUAAUGAAUGGCAUCUCUUUUUACCCUUUUUAUAUUUUAAAUUACAAGAGUUGAAACCGCUGUCUGAUGGUCCCAUUUAAUCCUGUGUAGAUAUUUGUAUGUAUAAAAAAGACCUCAUAAUGUCAUGUAAUCUUUUUUCCUCCUGUUUUUUAAAUAUUAAUAAUUAACUUUUUUUGUUUUUAUACACAUUUUAAAGCCUUAACUAUAUCAUCAGUGUACCUUUUUAUCACAUUUUAUUUCAUUUCUCCAUAUUGAUGUUGUCCUGUAAUCAGUACUGUAUAUCUAAUUUCUUCAUUUUUGUUAGCAUGGGAUAUACUGUAAAUAAACUAUAUAAUACUUUUAACCCAUUUUCUAUAUUAAAAAUGAUAUAUAGGUCUAGUUAUUAUUAAAAAAUAAAUGAUUUUUUUUUCCUUUGUCUUGCAUUGUGGUACCUUAUAAAGUUUGCAUUGGCAGUAUCUACAGCCAAGACCUAGAAAAAAAUGGGAUUUGUGUAAAAAAAGAAAAAAAAAACUUUGUAUCUUUUUGUUGUUAAAUAAAAUGCAGACUCUGAAAUGACAGCGUGUACUCCUGUUUAA